AUGCACACAAAAAGUGUUCGUGAGCUGAAAUUGGUUUGCAGUGACCUGCCAAAACUUGCUAUACCACAGUACGAGGACGAAUUGAUUUCUUGUCGAGAGAUGGAGGCAUUUGAAGCAAACUCCAUCAUGCUGAGACUCAAGCACCUCAGGAAAAACCUCGAGGAGCUUGACAAGAAGUUCAAGCAGCAAGCGAUGGACGGGAAAACGACUUUCCUUAAUGGGUUUGUUGAGGAAGACAUCUAUAUGGAUCAGCCGGAGGUUUCACAUUUAUUAGAGAAGAGCAGAAGGUAUGCCAUCUCCAAAGGUGCAUCUAUGGUCUCAAACAAGCUUCCUGAAGCUGGAAUAUCCAUUUUGAUGAGGUUAUAUGCAGUCAUGAUUUCAUUAAGAACGACUUUAACCCUUGUGUAUACAAGAAGGCAUGGGGUUAAGCUGUCCAAGAGGCAGUUUCCUAAGACUGAUGAGGAGCUUAGGAAAAUGUUUGACAUACCCUAUGCUUCAGCUAUAGGCAGCAUACAGUAUGUUGUGCAGUGCACAAGGCCAGAUGUCGCUUUUGCUUUGAGCGUAACGAGCAGAUAUCAAGCAUGUGCCGGUGAGCCUCACUGGACUGUAGUCAAGAUCAUACUUAAGUACCUGAGAAGGACUACAGAUAUGUUCUUAGUUUAUGAUGGUGGAGAGUUAAUUCUGGAAGGCCACAGCAAUGCUCGCUUCCAAUCUGAUGAGGAUGAUGCUAAGUCUCAAUCAGGGUCUGUAUUCAGGCUAAAUGGUGGUAUAGUGGCUUGA